CUCUUUUCUUUCCCAUAACGAAGGGGCUUAUACGAUACAAAACAUCCAGUUUUUCUAUUUCUUUUUUCUUUUCCCUUCAGUUUUCUGUUUUUCCGACAUGGGGUUUGAAGAUCCAGACAGGGUUUCAAGACAUAUAAAGAUAAGAGAAGUUUGGUCUCAUAAUUUAGAUUCGGAGUUCGAGUUGAUCAGUCAAGCAAUCGAUGAGUACCCUUUCAUCUCCAUGGACACCGAGUUUCCGGGUCUUGUUUUCAGACCCAAAGUGGAUCCAACCCGGCCUUACGGCGCCCAGUUCCGGCCGUCCGAUCAUUACAAGGUUCUCAAAUCCAACGUUGAUGCUUUGAACUUGAUCCAAGUGGGCCUCACCCUCACCGAUUCUUCAGGUAAUUUGCCCACCCUAGGAACCGACGACGUGCAGUUCAUCUGGGAAUUCAAUUUCCGCGACUUUGACGUUGACCGUGACGCUCACGCGCCUGAUUCCAUCGAGCUCUUGAGGAGGCAAGGGAUUGAUUUCGAGAAGAACAAGGAAAAGGGGAUUGACUCGUUACGGUUCGCUGAGUUGAUGAUGUCGUCUGGACUCGUUUGUAAUGAGUCGGUGAGUUGGGUGACUUUCCACAGCGCGUAUGAUUUUGGGUACCUGGUUAAGAUUCUCACGCGCCGGGACUUGCCCGGGGGCUUAGAUGAGUUUUUGAGGGUUCUCAGGGUGUUUUUCGGAAACAGAGUUUAUGAUGUGAAGCACAUGAUGAAAUUCUGUAAAAGCUUGUACGGUGGGUUGGACCGGGUCGCUAGGACCUUGGAUGUGAACCGGGCGGUUGGGAAAUGUCACCAAGCCGGGUCAGAUUCCUUGCUGACGUGGCACGCGUUUCAGAAAAUAAGGGACGUUUAUUUUGUGAACGAUGGCCCGGAAAAGCAUGCCGGUGUAUUGUAUGGAUUGGAAAUUCAUUAAUUAAUUUGUGUAUUACUUAAACAUAAUAAUUCUUUUAAAUUAAUUCAUGGAUUAAGUUGAGAAUUAA